AUGCAGACGGCAGGAGUGAGCCUCGGGGCAUUCAGGGGAAGACACCAGCCACAGAGCAAGCGGAACCACGUCGUGAGCACCAGUCGUCUCGUGGGGGCAGAUCACCCACUGGAGGUUGUGUAUUUUGUGGAGGAUCCUGAAGGAGAGAGAAUCCCUGCAGUGGAAAUAGCGGGCCUCCUUAACAGCCUGGACGUCCAGAGAGCGGCCAUUGUUCUCGGGUACCGUGUUCAGGGCAUUUUGGCACAGCCUGUGGAGAAAAUGGCUUUGUCUCCGUCUGAAAAUGUGAACACAAACUUAUGGAUAAUUGCCGGUGUGGUGAUACCGCUGCUCGUGGUCGUCAUUAUCAUUUCCAUCCUUUACUGGAAACUGUGCCGCACAGACAAGCUGGAGUUUCAGCCAGACGCUAUGGCCUCCAUGCAGCAGAGGCAGAAGUCCAUCAGUGAAUCAAGGACCUCUCUGCUCCACCACUCACAGCCCUCGGACUCAGAGCCAGAGCAGAGUAGUGAGGAAGAGGAGGAAGAGUCUGAGGAGGAAGAGUCUGAAGAGGAGGAGGAGGAGGAGGAGAGGAGUGCUAAAGGGGGGAAGCUGCAGACGCCAAGUGUAAAAGGCUUCGACUUCGCCAAACUGCAUCUUGGGCAGCAGAACAAGGAUGAUGUCAUGGUGAUCCAGGAGCCGUCUGGACCCGCACCACUCCCAAGGUCCAUUAAAGACGGCUUGAGUCCGUCAGAGAACGGGGAAAUAGCCACUCCUCUUUCCAAAGGCUCGUCCACAAAAGCCUCUCAUGCCAGCCGCAGGCAGGACAGGAUCUCGCCUUCAGACGGUGACUCUGUGAUGACGGACCACUCCAGCGGCGAGCGGGACUCUGCGGAGGACGUGAGAGGCCACGCCACGCCCAGUGACGCCAAACACAGCCGUCCACCACCGACGAACGGCGCCAGUGAGCAGCUGUCGUCGGCCUCCAUCUUUGAGCACGUUGACAGAAUGUCUCGUGCCACAGACGCAGGAAGGAGACUCAACAAAGUCCAGCUUAUCGCCAUGCAGCCUAUGUCUGUCCCGCCCCUGCACAGUCCCACAGCCAAUGGGAGAGUGCAGCCUAUGUCUGUCCCGCCCCUGCACAGCCCCACAGCCAAUGGGAGAGUGCAGCCUAUGUCUGUCCCGCCCCUGCACAGUCCCACAGCCAAUGGGAGAGUGCAGCCUAUGUCUGUCCCGCCCCUGCACAGCCCCACAGCCAAUGGGAGAGUGCCUGACCCUGAGCAGAUAAACCAGGAGAUUCAGGUCGCUCUGAGGCAGAAGUCCGAGAUUGAGCAUCAUCGUAACAAAAUCCGUCUGCGCGGCAAAAGGAAGGGCCAUUACGACUUCCCUGCGAUGGACGACGUGACGAAAGGGCUCUGCGACAGUAAAGCACAGCUACAGAUAGAUAAGAUCUUAGACCCAGAUUCACAGGCGCCCGCCAUUUUCAUAGAACCCAAAAAGAGAGGCAGACGUUCUCCCAAACAGAGGACCAAGGAGCCGCUGAAUGGAGGCAUGAUGGAAGCCGACAGAGACCAUCUCAUCAGCGACGACUGUGACGCUGCGUUCAGAAAGUAUCCCGGAGUCAACAAUGUAGCUUAUGUGUCGGACCCAGACCAAGGGACCGGAUCUCCUCUUCGGAGCCCUUCUCCCAUGGAGGAUGUCUUCCUUGGCUCUCCCCCAGGCCACGCCCCUCCUCCUCCCCCUUACAUGCCCCCACAGCCCUCCAUUGAGGAGGCCCGGCAGCAGAUGCACUCCCUGUUGGACGACGCUUUUGCCCUUGUGUCGCCCACCUCUCAGGGCAGCACUGCAGGCAUCACUCUCCCAGGGGUCAAUGGCAACCAUUCAGGCUCCAGCCACCCUGGACACUGGGGUCUUUCAUACCCAACACCGGGACCUUUUUCUAAUAGGUUUAGUGAUGUGUCUCCACCCUCAGUGCAAGGCCGACCACCAAGACAGGGCCUUGGCUCGAGCUUCCUUCCUCCUGGAGAAUCGGCAGCACUCACUGACCAGCUCCAAGAGGACAGCCUGUACUCCAGCAGGGGCCUCUACGCUGAUGAGCUGCCUUCCUCUGCCAGACCCAGGCCAGUGGGCAGCACGGCAGGGGUCCACCAUCUCACUCAGGUGGGCCUGCCCAGUCGGAUGAACGGAUACCCUGCAGGAGGGAGAGCCGCUCUGGGCCUUAAUGGUGGAAUUGGCUGGAAUCCUUAUAGUGACAACUUUAGCAGGGCUGAACUGGAAAAAUAUUCUUACCUGGACUAUCAUGAUUACUCUGUCUUACAGAUGGCUCAAAGUGGUAUGAGGGAGUCUGCACUGCCUCCCCAUCUCGACACAUCUGGGGUGGGCUACUUAUCAGCGCCUCCUCCCCUGGAUCCCGCUCCCCCACACUCCUCUGCCUCUCUGAUAAAGGCCAUCCGAGAAGAGCUCUUACGCCUCUCUCAGAAACAGGCCGCUGUGUGCAGCUACCACAGCUAG